CGGAGAUUUAAGCGCAGCGCGGACGGUUCGGAGUCGCCUGUAACCCCCAAUGAGAGACAUGGGGCUGAAUCAGUGCUGACAGAUCCUGCACGGUGAUGCUGGGGGAGAAAGGACAACUCUGCCUAUAGCCAGUAGGGUCCCUGACAGUUAUAUUGGGGGGUCCUUACACACUGCAGCGCCUCCUGCUGGUCACCUGGAGUCCCCGCUGUAGCAGCCAUGUCACUCGCCAAGGUGAAAGUGGAAAAAACAGACCUGGAGGCAGGGAGCGCUCGCAGCCGAUUGGAUGCUGUACUGCAGGGUCUCCUGGAUAGAAGCGAUGUGGACAGGGAUCAGAUGGAAGAUGAGACGGGGAAAGCUUCUACCGACCCGCACUGCAAAGACUCCUCCCCUUCUGCUGCUGGAAAAAGGCCCUCGGCGCGACUCUCUCACCAUCGGCGGAAGAAGAGAAAAGAGGAGGAUGGAAUAACGGAGAGCAGCCAGCCUAAAGCAAACACCUUCAUCAUCCGCCUGUUUGAUAGAAGCGUGGACCUGGCCCAGUUUUCAGAAGAAACCCCUCUGUAUCCUGUGUGCAGAGCUUGGCUCCGGAACGCUCCGUCAACGAGACCCCCCGAGCUCCCCCACACUCCCCCGCCGACAGAUGAUGGGGAAGGAGUGAAUGGGAGCAUUCAGAAUAUUUACCAUCUGCCCCCCCCGUUACCCAGCCCUGCGAGCCCCUCGGGGGAGCCCCUCAACCUGAGGAUCCCCUCCCCCCUUCCCCACGAGGAGGAGCCAUUAAAUCUCGACACAGCGCCUGAGUUGGCCCCCAGCACAUCCAACCUCAUCUAUGAGAAUAUGCACCGGUGGAAGAAGAUCCGGCAAAGGUGGAAAGACGCCUCGUACCGUAACCAGCAGCGCUACGGCCAGAGCAUGAAAAUCCUCAAGGAGAUGUACGAGCGCCAGUAAUGGGACCCGCCGUGCCAGCGCCGGAUUCCGUGCCAUUGGGGAAUGGGGUCCCGCCCACUUAGCAGUGGGAGCCAAUGAUUUUAAGCACAUUGGGGUGUUGCCACACCCCUUUUACGAGUUUCUUGUUUUAUAUGUUUAGCUAUAGACGUGCCCCUGCUAACUUUUAAUACAUUAUAGAAUGUCCUAUUCCUAGCAACUUGCAAUUGGUCCUCAUUAUUUCUGUUCUAACACUUUCAAACUUUUAAAACGGGGUCACUGACCCCAGCAGCCAAACCCUAUUGCUCUGUGAGGCUCCAGUUUUAUUGUUAUUGUUACUUUUUAUUCCUUAUCUUUCUAUUCAGCCCCUCUCCUAUUCAUAUACCUGUCUCUCAUCCAAACCACUCCCUGGUUGCUAAGGUAAUUUGGACCCUAGCAACUCUUUCCAGCUUUCAAAUGGGGGUCACUGACCCCGGCAGCCAAACCCUAUUGCUCUGUGAGGCUCCAGUUUUAUUGUUAUUGUUACUUUUUAUUCCUUAUCUGUCUAUUCAGCCCCUCCCCUAUUCAUAUACCUGUCUCCUAUUUUCUCCCUGGUUGCUAAGGUGAUAUGGACCCUAGCAACCAGAUAGCUGCUGAAGAAAAAGUGAAAUAACGAAAAAGUAAUAAAAAAUGAAGACCAAUUGCAAAUUAUCCCAGGACUUCAUUUUGAUUCAUUUCAAUUGAAUUUUAUACAAACAGGCCCCUCUGUACCAGGUAUAUUAGGCAGGAAGAGUUUAUGGUUCACGUUGGAAUCUCCUUACUAUACACACGUCGUUUGUUACUUGUUUUAAUGACAAUAAAAUUUUUAUUCCCAUUUA